AUGCAGCCACGCCGCGAGCCGGGCGAGGCUUUGUGGGUGGAAGCUGGCGGUUCCGGGGCCUCUGCGGCAGUAAAUCCUUUUCAUGACGCAGCUGCAGGUCUUUUCUGCUGCUGCUGCUGCGGAGGCGCUGCACCGACUGCUGCAGCUGCUUCCGCGCAGCCGAGACCAGCGCCAGAACCUGCACAGGCGUUCUCGGCUCUCCGGGGGGCCCUCCAGGCCUCGAGGGCCCGCUGCGGCUUCUUUGCUGCUGAUGUGUGCCUCUCGGGCGCCGUUGUAAAGUGCCUUCUUGAGCCGCAGCGGCCUGCAGAAGACCCAGCAGCAGCAGCAGCAGCAGCAGCAGCAGCAGCAGCCAUGGGGCCUCCGCUGCUGAUUCCGGAAGACUUCGCCGCAGCGCAGCUGCCGCUGCUGGCUGAACUCCUGGGCAUGCCCGUCGCUGAGGUAUCCCCGGAGCUGCUGCAGCACAUGUGGGACUACCUGGCGGAGGGGUCGCAGCAGCAGCAGACGCAGCAGCAGCAGCAGCAGCAGCAGCAAAGUGCUGCAGUCGAUCCAGCGGCCGUAGAGAACCUGCGCUCCUUCGUAGAGGCCAUUGUCGAGCCUCUGCAUACUCCCGCAGGCUUCCGCGAGGCGCAGCCUUUAAUUGAGAGCUUUGUACAGGCUUUUGUGGACUGUGCUGCUGCUUCCGCUGCUGCUGCGGCACCUCUUGAAGCAGCUCAAAGUGCAAAUAAAAAGGAAAGCUCUCAGCCCGCAGAGGCAGCAGCAGAUGCUGCAGCAGCUCGCAAGAGAAGCCACCAGGCGGGAGCAGCAGAAGCAGAACGCAGCAGCAGAAGCAGCAGCAGCAGCAGCAGCAGCUGCCAACCCCUGCAGUCCCCGCGUUUGCCAGGCGAGCCACUGGCUUGGCGACGGCAGCCGCAGCAGCAGCAGCAGCAGCAGCAAGUCCAGGCGCAGCAGCAACAUGUCGAGGCCAGCAGGGGACAUCCAGAGCAGCAGAAAUACCCGCAGCAGCAGCAGAAAAGCAAAAAGCCGCAGUCUCCGCAGCAGCAGCAACAGCUGCCGCAGAAAGACAGAAGCUCGCAGUCUCCUAGGCAGCAGCAGCAGCAGCAAAAGCAGCAACAGCGGCAACAGCUGCACACGAAGUCGCAAGCGCCGCAUCAGAAGCAAGGGGAGCCCAAGCAGCAGCAGCAGCAGCAGCAGCAGCAGCAGCUGCAGCACAGCCCUGAUAGCGUACAGAAGCAGCAGCAGCAGCAGCAGCAAAAGAACAAGCAGCAGCAGCAGCAGCAGCAAGAUGAGAAAGCAGCCAACACCACAUUUGCUGCUGCUUCCCUAGAAGAGCUAGACUGGCCAGAGGCGCCGCCGCCGCGGCGCCGCGUGCCGCGGAAGCAGCAGCAGGUGCUGCAGCAGUUCGGCAUAGCUGCUGUGCCUGCUGCCAGCAGCAGCAGCAGCAGCAGCAGCAGCGGGGCUUCCCUGCGCAGCAAAAAGGACGAGGAAAGCGGAGGUUCUGCACGCGCAGCGCGAAAAGCAGCCGCAGCAGCAGCGGCAGCAGCAGCAGCAGCAACAGCAGCAGCAGCACACUGCCUUUGCCUGGGAGCUGAACACGGGGCCUACGGGAUUUGCCUCAGCUGCGGCCUCAUUCGCUGCCGCUAUGGAAUCAGCAGCAGCAGCAGCAGCAGCAGCAGCAGCAGCAACUUGGGGGCCCCUGGGGCCCUCCGCUGCCUCUUUUGUGCAAAUGAAAUUGUACCCAGUGCGGGGCUCACUUCCCUAGCUGCUGCUGUGGAAAAGGGGCUUGCUGAGAACAGACAGCAGCUGCAGCAGCUGCAGCAGCAGCAGCAGCUGCUGCAGCAGGAGCAGCAGCUGCAGCAGCCCUUGGAGAGUUUUCAAGAGGAUAUCGCAAAACUGCAGGAGCAGAUCAGAGCCGAUGAGGCCCACCUCAAGGCAGCAAACAUUUGGCUGACGCCGCAGCAGCAGCAGGAGCGGCAGCUGCUGCUGCAGCGCCUCAACCAGGCCUUCAACCUCGAGAAGGGGCGAACGAAGGUGACUUUCGACUUCGAGGGGCGGCGAGUAGUUGCUGAAGAGUCGACGCUGCCGCAGGAGGCGGAGGCGCUGCUGCGGGCCUUUGACGAGCGCUGCGCAGAGCAGAACAUGCAGGAGCAGCAGCAGCAGCAGCAGCAGCAGCAGCAGCAGGUGGUGGACUCCGACGAGGACGAGCUGUGGGGUGGCAAAGGCCCUGCUGCUGCAGCCUCGCAAGGGGCCCCGGGGAUGUCCCACGCGGCGCUCAUGAAGCAGCACCAGCAGCAGCAGCAGUGGCCAGAGCCCCAGGCGAAGCAGCAGCAGCAGCAGCAGCAGCAGCAGAAAUCCCCAUCUACAGCGUGGCCCUCCCUGGAGGCCGACGCGUCCCAGCAGCAGCAGCAGCAGCAGCAGCAGCAGCAGCAAGAGCCCCCGCCCUUCUGCCGCAAGACGCCCACAGAGCAGCUGCAGGAGGCCUGGGAUGAAAUGGUGAAGCGGGAAGCAGCAGCAGCAGCAGCAGAAGCAGCAGCAGGACAUAACUAUGGCAUUGCUAAUACUUCUCUUUCUGGCUUCGCAAGUGUUUUGCUGAAGGACGUGCAUGCUGCUGCCAGUCCACAAAGCGCAGCAGCAGAGCAGGCAGCAGCAGAAGCAGCAGCAGCAGCAGCAGCAGCAACUAGACCUCGUCGUCGUCGUCGUCGUCGUCGUCGAGCAGCAGCAGUCACGGCAAAGGAGGCAGCAGCAACUGCAGCAGCAGCAGCAGCUGACAGAGCCAAAAAGGCAGAAGCUCAAGACAAAAGAAGCGCAGCAGGAACAGCGACAAAAGCAGCAGCAGCAGCAGAUGCAGCCGAUGCUGCUGCAGCAGAUGCUGAUGCAGCAGACACAGCAGCAGCAGCAGCAGCAGCAGAAGCUGAGUCUGAGUACGAAGGCCCGCUGCGCGGUCGCUGGCGGUCCACAGGUUCCGGGCAGCAGCAGACUUUGCUGCAGCAGCUAAAGGAGCAGCAGCAGGCGCAGCCAGCAGCAGCAGCAGCAGCAGCAAGACGUGUGCUGUGGGGCCUGGACCAUCUGCAGAAGCAGCAGCAGGGGGCCCCCCAGGGGGCCCCCCAGGACAGGACCUACCGCGUGCAGGUGCCCCGCAGCGAGGGCGCUGCAUUUGGCUGCAUUGCUGCUGCUGCUGCUGCUGCUGCUGCUGCUGAGGAAGAAGCAGAGGAGCCGGAGGCCUCGGAGGCCCCCGCGGGCGGCGGGGUGUGGAUGGGGGUGGGCGCCGGCGCGGGCGACCCGCAGCAGCAGCAGCAGCAGCAGCAGCAGCAGCAGCAGCAGCAGCAGCAGCAGCAGCAGCA